AUGGCGCGGGCCAACGAGCCCCCGGCUUCUUUGCAGGAGGUGCAGAUGUGGGAAUUCUCACUCCUCGUGCAAGAUUGUUUUACCUGGGAGGAUCCAGCAGCAGCUUUCGAGCAUGCAGAGGCCGGGCUUCGAGUUGUGGGCAAGCAAAAUGCCUUGAUGCCAGUUGAGCUGCAACUGACGGAGUUUUUCGCUUCGCCUCCAUCCUCGCUCUCGCUGGUCUACCUCCGGUACGUUCGUCGGCUCACCUUUCUCUUCCGGUGGAUCCAUGUGUCGGCUGAGUGCCAGCUAGGCCAGGAGCCGUAG